AUGAUGAUGAAGAGGACCGUCUGCCUCCUCUUCGUCGCGACGGCGACGGCCCAGCUGGGCAGCGGCAUCGACUGGCGCUACUACACCACGCAGGACGGGCAGCCGGUGCCCGGGCUGCCCGACGGCGUCGAGGGCCGCAUCUGGCAGGGCACCCACGGGGUCUACGACGUCGUCUUGGCGGCCCCGAACGCCGUCCGCUUCAAACUCGCCGCGGGCGCGACGCUGGGCUCGCGGCGGGGCGGCGACGGCAGGUUCGCCUUCGACGUGCCGAUGCACUGGUGCGUCACCGCGGGGAACGUCACCUUCGAGGCCGGCGGGCCGACCUACGAGACCGGCGACGUGCUCUGGGCCGGCGCCGGCAUGGCCCACGGGCCCAUCUACUCCGCCGGCGGCGCCGUCAUCAGCGCCGUGUCCGGAGGGCCGCGCCUCGAGCCGGCGGACCUCUUCUCGCCCGCGGCGCGCGUCGCCACGAACCCGAGCGUGGAGACCUAUGGCAACGCGAGCUCCCCCAAGCUCCGCGGCUACCGCGGCGCCGACGUCGCGUGGCAGCAGAACCCGUCGAACCACAGCGCCGAGUGCCUGGCCAACGGCGGCGUCUGGAACAAGUUCUUCGACGGCGUCGGCGACUCGCCGCCCGUGCUCCGCGUGCGCUGGUCGGCGAACUGCUCCAUCCCGUUCCACUACCACCCGACGGGCGCGAUCUACUGGAUUUUGUACGGGCGCAUGUACUUUGUGGGCGACUGCGGCACGGACUGCACCGACCGCGCGGUCGGCCGGGGCGAGAUCCGCUGGGUCCGGCCGGGCUUCAACUACGGCCCGGAGCACAACGACUACGACGCGCCCUGCGAGAUCACGGUCCUCGGCGUGGACACGAACCCGACCUUCGAGCACGCGCCGGCGCCCUACCGGGUCCAGAAGCGCGUCCUCGUGGACUACAUCUACGGGUAG